AUGGAGGGGAAGAGCGUGGUGAUGUCAGCGCUCGGGAUCGGGAUCGGGGUCGGUGUCGGCCUGGGCCUCGCGUCCGCGCCCUGGGCCGGCGCCUCCGCCUCCGCCAGGGCCGCGGGGGUCACCGUCGAGAGGGUGGAGCAGGACCUCCGCCGCCUCCUCGUCGACGGCGCCGACAGCAAGGUCACCUUCGACGAGUUCCCGUACUACCUCAGUGAGCAAACACGUGUUGUGCUGACAAGCGCUGCCUACGUUCACUUGAAGCAAGCAGAGAUUUCUAAGUACACCAGGAAUCUUGCUCCAGCCAGCCGUGCAAUCCUGCUGUCAGGUCCUGCAGAGCUCUACCAGCAGAUGCUUGCCAGGGCGCUUGCCCACUAUUUUGAAGCAAAGUUGCUGUUGCUAGAUCCUACUGAUUUUCUUAUAAAGAUCCAUAGCAAAUAUGGCACUGGUGGCAGCACAGAGAAGACGUUUAAAAGAUCAAUCUCUGAGACAACGCUUGAACGUGUGUCGGGAUUGCUUGGAUCUCUUUCAAUUCUUUCACAAAAGGAACAGCCCAAAGGAACUAUACGUAGACAAAGCAGCAUGACGGAUGUCAAAUUAAGGAGCUCUGAAAGUAUGACCAACUUACCAAAGCUCAGAAGAAAUGCAUCUACUUCCUCUGAUAUGAGUAGCAUGGCUUCGCAAGGACCUUCAACUAAUACAGCUCCUCUUAGACGCACAAGCAGUUGGACUUUUGAUGAGAAAAUUUUAGUACAAGCGUUGUACAAGGUUCUGCAUUCAGUGUCAAAGAAGUACCCAAUUGUACUCUACAUAAGAGAUGUUGAGAAGCUUCUUCACAAGUCCCCAAAAAUGUAUCUCCUGUUUGAAAAACUACUAAACAAGCUUGAAGGGCCGGUGUUAGUCCUCGGAUCAAGGAUUGUAGAUAUGGACAGUGAUGAGGAGUUGGACGACAGAUUGACUGUUCUGUUCCCAUAUAAUAUAGAAAUCAAGCCACCUGAAAACGAAAACCACCUUGUAAGUUGGAACUCCCAAAUAGAAGAAGACAUGAAGAUGAUUCAGUUUCAAGAUAACCGAAAUCAUAUUAUGGAAGUCCUUGCAGAAAAUGAUCUUGAAUGUGAUGAUUUAGGCUCGAUUUGCCUAUCUGAUACUAUGUGCCUUAGUAAGUACAUAGAGGAGAUUGUGGUGUCUGCUGUUUCAUAUCACUUGAUGAAUAACAAAGAUCCAAAUUACCGAAAUGGGAAAUUAGUUCUAUCCACAAAGAGCUUGUCCCAUGCAUUGGAAAUUUUUCAAGGCAACAAGAUGAGCGGUAAGGACAGCAUGAAAUUGGAAGUGAAUGAUGGCACCUUAAAGGCUGCUGAAAAGGCAAUUGCUCCAACCACUGCAAAAUCAGAAACAAAACCUGCAACAUCGCUGCCACCUGUUCGACCUCCGGCUGCUGCUACUGCUGCUGCUGCUCUGGCUGGUGCCCCUGCUCCUAGAGUUGAGAAUAAAACAGAACUGGAGAAGAAGGAUAAUCCACUUCCAGCUACAAAAGCACCGGAAGUGCCACCAGAUAAUGAGUUCGAAAAGCGUAUUAGACCAGAAGUGAUACCUGCUAAUGAAAUUGGAGUUUCAUUUGAUGAUAUUGGUGCCCUGGAUGAUAUCAAAGAAUCCCUUCAUGAGCUUGUCAUGCUGCCUCUUAGACGACCUGACCUCUUCAAAGGCGGUCUUCUUAAGCCCUGCAGAGGUAUAUUACUUUUUGGUCCUCCAGGAACCGGCAAGACUAUGCUUGCCAAGGCUAUAGCAAAUGAAGCUCAAGCAAGUUUUAUAAAUGUCUCUAUGUCGACUAUCACAUCAAAGUGGUUUGGUGAAGACGAAAAGAAUGUUCGAGCAUUGUUCACGUUAGCUGCUAAAGUAGCACCAACCAUCAUUUUCGUCGAUGAAGUUGAUAGCAUGCUUGGGCAGCGGAACAGAGCUGGAGAGCACGAGGCUAUGAGGAAGAUCAAGAAUGAAUUUAUGACACACUGGGAUGGCCUGUUGUCAAGACCAGAUCAGAGAAUUCUUGUUCUUGCUGCGACCAACCGGCCUUUUGAUCUUGAUGAGGCUAUCAUCCGUAGGUUCGAGCGAAGAAUCAUGGUAGGUCUGCCAUCGACGGAAAGUCGGGAACUCAUAAUGCGGCAACUUCUGUCAAAGGAGAAAGUUGAUGAAGGGCUGGACUAUAAGGAGCUAGCAACCAUGACAGAAGGAUAUAGUGGAUGUGAUCUCAAGAACCUGUGCACGACGUCAGCAUAUCGCCCUGUGAGGGAGCUAAUCCAGAGGGAAAGAAAGAAGGAGCUGGAGAAGCUGAAGCGUGAAAAAGGAGAAACUCAGUCGGAUGUUCCAAAGAAGAAAGAAAAGGAGGAGACCAUCAUUCUAAGGCCGCUGAACAUGACGGAUCUGAAGGAAGCAAAGAACCAGGUGGCUGCAAGUUUCGCUGCUGAAGGCGCCAUAAUGAGCGAGCUGAGGCAAUGGAACGAGUUGUAUGGUGAAGGAGGCUCCAGAAAGAAGCAGCAAUUGACAUACUUCCUCUGA